AAUAUAUUGAUGAUGAAUAUGAUGAAUAUGAAAUUCUAAAAUAUAUCUCCUCCACUACCAAUACAAUUUCUGCUGGUAAUCUUGCUGCAGCACAUGAAGUUAUGUACAGAGAAUCUUUGCCUCUGUUACCACAAUUUCCACAACUUUCAAAAAAACAUGAAGAAUCCAACACUGAAAAUUUGACAGAUCAGGAAUUUAAUGCAAGACUUGCUGAAGCAAAUAUUUUUAACAUCAGCAAUAAAAACAAUAACUUAGUAAAUCAAAAUAGCUUUAAUGAAUUAAAAAAAAUUGCAAGUUCAAACAAGAUACCCAAAGUAAAUGUCGAUAGCAUAAAAAAAUGGUUUCAAGAAAACAUUUCACAAAAUCUACACAAGACAAUAUCAAAAUUUGAAAAUAUAGGAAGUUUUGAAGGUUUUAAUAUAGAAGAAUCUAGGUUUAUUAUAGUGGACAUGGAUGAAAGCACUUACACAUCAACAAUUAUUUCACAAGAUUUUGAACUUUUGAAAUUAUAUUUUCCAAAAACUUUUACUUCAAUGUGGUAUGUCAAAUGA